ACUGCCGGAGAACGUGACUGCAAUGGUUGCCUCCGCGCGAGCCGUGCCAAACUUGUCCUCUCUCUGAAAAGCGGCUCUCCGUCUCUUUCCGCACCGCGCGGUUUUUGCCCAUUUCGGUGGUUUAUGACACCCGGGGACCCGUGAGAGCCACUGUUUGCAGAUUUUGAGAGCCGGAAGAAAACUUUAUAGAGAGUACCACCGCGGAGAAACACGGGUGAACUUCCAGCAGCAGCAGCAGCAGCAGCCCGAGGGGACCAGGAGGAGGAGUCAACAGGUCCCAGAGGAAGGGUGAAUCCGAGCAAUCGAUGCGGGCCGUCCACCAGCCGGAAGCCCAGUUGGCCCAACGAAACACCACUCAAUCAGUCUGAGCAGCAACACAAAGGGGGGCUGCUGGCGAGCACCAGAGGCUGCAGAGAAGAUGCUCGUCCAAGGAGAAGAGCUUUGUCCUGGCAUCAUGUGAUCGGCGCAUUCCCGAGGAGCGCUCCGCAGUGGAAGAGUGAAUCUCCGCUCCCGUGGAAACAUCACGGCCACUAAGCAACCCCAUCGCCACUAUCCCAACUCCUGCACUGCAGCCGUCAAAGUCACCUGUUCUUGCCUCAACUUGCCUCCUGUCUCUUUUUACGCCCCCCCCCCCCCUUUCAUCUUAACGAUAAGGAAUGGCCUUGCUAGUUUCCAGCCACCCCGACGCCUCUCGCAAAUAAGACCUUUCAAACGGUUUCACAAUACCAGAGAAAGGAAGGAUAAAACACUCUACAGUCCUCUUGUAUACUUCUACCUUGUGUAUCUUUGUACACCCUUAACACACACAUUCAUAAACCAGCAGGAUUUUUUUUGUGCAAUCACUGCAGCCUUUUUAAGGACGCCAUUACUCAAGUUUCCAAAUCAUAAGGAGAUUUUUUUUCCCGCUUGGCAGUCUAUUGGAAUAUCUACUCAUGCAGAGCCCCUAUGGGGGAUUAAACCAGGAAUCCACACUGACUUCUAUUCGCCUCCGUUAGAUCUUUUUACGGUGGUCUUUCUGUGACUGGAGGUGGACUGAGCCAUCAUGGCAGGGAAGGGCAACCCUCACCUCCAUGGCUUCCCCAUGCCCACUUACUCCUACUUCUUCCCCCACAUGUUGGGGAGCCUGUCCCCACCAGCGCUCGCGGGACUCCCCAUGAGUGGAUACAGCACCCCCUCACCAGCAACGAUAGAGACCCAGAGUACCAGCUCAGAAGAGAUAGUGCCAAGCCCGCCCUCGCCGCCGCCGCCGCCCCGCAUCUACAAGCCCUGCUUUGUGUGCCAGGACAAGUCCUCAGGGUACCACUAUGGUGUCAGCGCCUGUGAAGGCUGCAAGGGCUUCUUCCGGAGAAGCAUCCAGAAGAACAUGGUGUACACUUGUCACCGGGAGAAGAACUGCAUCAUCAACAAAGUCACCCGCAACCGCUGCCAGUACUGUCGGCUGCAGAAGUGCCUGGAAGUCGGGAUGUCGAAGGAGUCAGUGAGGAACGAUCGGAACAAAAAGAAGAAGGAUGACAAGAAGCCGGAGUGCAUGGAGAUCUACGUGCUCAGUCCUGAAACGGAGAGGAUGAUCGAACGGGUUCGAAAGGCACACAAGGAAACGUUUCCCUCGCUGUGCCAGCUGGGCAAAUACACUACGAGUAACAGCUCAGAACGACGUGUAUCUCUGGACGUAAACCUGUGGGACAAGUUCAGUGAACUCUCCACCAAGUGCAUCAUAAAGACGGUGGAGUUUGCUAAGCAGCUGCCCGGCUUCACAACGCUCACCAUCGCCGACCAGAUCACUCUGCUAAAGGCCGCCUGUCUGGACAUCCUGAUACUCCGGAUCUGUACGCGCUACACUCCAGAGCAGGACACCAUGACUUUCUCAGAUGGACUCACGCUAAAUCGAACCCAGAUGCACAACGCAGGUUUCGGCCCUCUCACCGACCUGGUUUUUGCCUUUGCCAACCAGCUCCUUCCUCUGGAGAUGGACGACGCAGAGACGGGGCUGCUCAGCGCCAUCUGUUUGCUCUGUGGAGAUCGUCAGGACUUGGAACAGGCCGAGAAGGUGGACGUCCUGCAGGAGCCUCUACUGGAGGCGUUAAAGAUUUACGUAAGGAGGAGGAGGCCCCACAAACCGCACAUGUUCCCCAAGAUGCUGAUGAAGAUCACCGAUCUGAGGAGCAUCAGCGCUAAAGGAGCCGAGCGAGUCAUCACCCUGAAGAUGGAGAUCCCCGGCUCCAUGCCCCCCCUCAUCCAGGAGAUGCUGGAGAACUCGGAAGGUCUGGAGAGCGCGGCGGCGAGCAGCCGGGCGAGCGGCGCCCCCCCCGGCUCCUGCAGCCCCAGCCUGUCCCCCAGCUCGGCCCAAAGCAGUCCCGCCACACAAUCGCCGUAGAAGCGGCCCACCUUUUUUUCAUUUUCCGUCACGAUGUUCUCUGCGUUCUUAAGAGGAAGGGGUGAAGGAGGGGGGGGGGGGCCUGGACCCUGACUGUUGAACACCAGCAGAGCCAACCUCCUCCUCUCCUUACGAUACAAACCCCCCCCCCCCCCCCCCCCCCCCACCUCCUGAUCUGCCUUUUCCUCACCGUCCUGAUGUGAGGGGGGGUGAGGCCGGGGCGGGCCGGGGUGACAGGACGCCUCUGAGAGACCACACCGUAAACACUGCUGAAGACUCCCCCCCCGUCUCCCCCGUCUCCCUCCACUCUCUCCUCCACUGCUGCUCCUCCCCUCUCCACCUUUCUCCUAAAGACUUAUGGAAACGGAUGCAGUGGCGAUCAGUUUUGAUUGGAAUCGAGAGUGGGCGGGGCAACGCGGGACAGAUAUAUGAUCAAGGACAAUUCAUUCAGACUGACUUGAUGAACACCAGACACUUUUUUUUGUUGAACUCUGAGGCAGACUGCAAGCUUGGGACUUGUCAAAAGACCCCCCCUCCUCAAAGACUCUGGGUCUUUUCUCUUUUUCCAACUUAAAAAAGACAGAUUUCUUACAAAAGAUAUAUAAAUAUAUAUAGAAAAAGGUUAUUGUGAUGGACACGUCCGGAACAGAAUGGCAGGUUGAAAUGACGACAUGUUUUCUGAGAGUAGAAAUGGUUGUACUCCUUCACUGUUUGAAUCUUUUCAUACCCAUCGAGAGUAUUGAGAGAGACCUUUCAGUUUUAUCACAUUUGUACAUUAUUCUAAUUAAGGAAAAGCAAAAGAUGUUGAAAUUUCUCUCCAGUCUACACAUGCAAACACACACACACACACACACACACAAAUGUGCACAGAAAACAAGUCGCAAUGAAUAUCACCUACUAUUCCAGGUUGGAUUUGUUUUCCUUUUUCCUUUUUUCUUUUUUUUGCUUCCAAGAGAAUGGAAAAAAAAUGAUUGUAUGAACUUGGUUGUAUGAUAUGGUCACAGGUCCUUUCAAGAAAUCAAAUUAAUGAAGAUUCAUUAUUAAGGUGUAUUUUAAGUAGCCUUUGAGUUUGUGUAUAUAAGCUGUAUUCAUUUCUUUAAAACUAUGAAGAGUUUUAGGCUUCACCUGAUUUUUUUUUUUAAGAAUACCUUUUAUGUGUUUUGUUUAUAGGUUUGUGAUGCAAGAAAAUACAUUUUGAGCACAUUUUACUGAAGGAAGUUCUUUCAUGUUUUGUGUCCUACUAAAUACUGGACAGACCCUUAACCAAUCACUGGCUGUUCAGGAUGUGGCUUUCACAGACAAUUUAAACCUCCCCCCUCUCACUUUUAAAAGAUGUUUUACAUACAGUAGAUUGACAAAGUAGCACUCCAGUCGGGGCAUAGCUUUUUUUUUUGGCCGUGUAGCAGAAAGAAAUGGUGUUUUUCUGAAAAUGGUGAGCCGGACGUCACUUUGGAGCCGGCCAGGUUCAAGUGAGCCACAGCAGCUCAGCUUCAAAGAGAGUUCAAAUGUGAAGAAUGGUGUACAUACACACUGUAUUAAACACAAGUGAUUCUCAGUAGCCUCUGAAUGGAUCAAUAAUCUGUAGUGGAUGGGAAAAUAAUAGAUUGUAGUGAUGCCUCUGCUCCCUCAGCGGUCAGGCAAGUGAAGGUCCCAAAUGUGAUGUUUGUCAACUAAGUCCUCACAAAUGUUCCCCUGGCAACCUGUGGUAGAAACGAGUAUGUGACUUUUUUGCCGGAUCCAGAGCAACCUCGCACCCUGUGACUCACUUUACGCCAAAACGCCUUCACCGUUAACACACGUUUCAUCUAGACCAUCAUUACUGUACACACGCCAAUGUCUCAGGAAGGAAUCAUUUUGUGUGCUUGGCCUGUUCUAUGUUUCUGUGCUGCACCCCCUCUAACCCUCCUAUCACAGAUGCACACACACACGUCUGCUACUGAGCCCCUGAAUUUUAUUUCACUCGUUUUUUUUGUUCGGCCUGGCAGACCAGGACCUGUGCAGAGAGACACUUACCCCCAACCCUGCAACGUUACGACAUAGGAUGCCAGUGUGGAGUCUCUCCGAGUCGUUCACGUGUUCUUUUUAUUUGUACGGUCAAAGCUGCUUUCAUCAUUUAGGACUUCACCUGUCCAGAACAGCGCACAACUUUUCCCUCCACAGCUAAUCUGGAAUAGCAACAGACACACCGUCAGUUUGAGAAAUAUGGAAUAUGUUGCAAUUUUGUCAAGAUUAUCAAGCGACUUUGGAAAAAAACAAAACGACAAAAAAAAAAGAUUAAAAUAAAACCAACAUUUAAUAUUAAA